AGUUAGUCCAGCUGAAAUAAUUUCAAUAUAAACAUUUAUUUGUACCCAUUGAACAAUAUCUGAUCUGUGUGUUUCGUUUAAACGUCAUUAAUGAAGACAACUGUACGUUAUGUGUUUCAUUGUGAGGUUUUUUAACAGUUUACGCCCACACAAGCUGGGCAGGUGCUCCAGUUGUCAAUCACUGUCUGCAACUUCAAUGAUUCACUAGCAUUCCAGUUAACACUAGAAUCAUUAUGUCAGUGAUGCUCAACUGAUCAUUAGAAAUACAGAGGCGUUCAAACGUACCAGUAUCUGAUAAAUGAUAAGUCAGUCCACGGGUAUUAAUUGUUACAGCACAAUGUCAGACAAUAGUUUGUGCACGUAGACAUGUAGGUGUCUUGAGGAGUUAAUUCAGGGACAGUGCCAGUAAAAACUUCUGUAAUCCAACAAUGUUCUGGAUCACCAGUUAAACCUGCCACAUCCAUAGUGUCAACUCUUAAUAGUUGAGUUAUAUUUGGAAGAGAACGUAAUCUGCAGUCAUGGGAAACAAACAAGCAUGUUGCUUCGCCCCCAGUUCCAAGGAUGGUGGAAGGAAGUACAAUCGAGAAGAGAUGUAUCAACCGUCUCGUGCUACAGAAGAAUCACAGAUGUUACAAGUACCACAGAGUGGAGCAAAUGUAGCAGCUGUACCACACAUUAGUGAAAGGGAACCAGAAGAAAAUGAUUGUGAUCCAUCCAAUAAUCCUUAUGCCAAGCCGUUGUUUGCAACACGAUCAGAAAUUGAAGUGCAGAAAAAUAAUAAACGAAGAAGUCAGCUCAUUUUCACAUCUGAAGGUCAACACCGGCAUAUUGAUGAAACUGGACAAUUAAGGAAGUUUAGUUCUUGUUCGACUAUUUUCAUUGAUGAUUCAACAGUUUCACAGCCAAAUCUGAAGAACACAAUCAAAGCUGUUGCUCUUGCCAUUUAUUUUCAUAUCAAAAACAGAAACAAGUCCCGGAAUGGACAAGAACCUCGAACUCUCAUCAUUUUUGAUGAGAAGAAGUUUCCGUUAUCUAAGGAACCUGUUCAGGAUGACUACAAUAAACGAGACCCGGAACAUAAAACUAUUUAUAGAUUUGUUCGUAAUUUAUUUAAUGCAGCCCAGCUGACUUCUGAAUGUGCAAUUGUAACCUUAGUCUAUCUGGAACGUUUGCUCACAUAUGCCGAUAUUGAUAUAAUGCCUGCUAAUUGGAAGAGAAUUGUUCUUGGUGCCAUUCUACUGGCAUCAAAAGUAUGGGAUGAUCAAGCGGUGUGGAAUGUCGACUUCUGUCAAAUACUUAAAGAUAUUGCAGUUGAAGAUAUGAAUGAAUUAGAACGACAGUUUUUAGAAGCCUUACAAUUUAAUAUUAAUGUACCGUCAAGUAUUUAUGCCAAAUAUUACUUCCAUCUGCGAGAAUUAGCUGAUGCUCAUGAUUUAGUCUUUCCUUUGGAACCUUUAAGCAAAGAAAGAGCUUUGAAAUUAGAGGCUCUAUCAAGUGUGUGUGAAGAUAAACUGAAACUGUGGUCCAAGUCAAAUCACCAUAGAUCAGGUAGUUUAGACGGAGGUAAACCGUCAAGACGAACGAGUAGUAAAGCUAUACUAUCGUGACGAGAACUUUGUCGACUUAGACAUCGAAUACUACGAUCACAUAUAUACACAAUUAUUAUUCUGUACAGCAUGAAAUUACUGCGCCAAAUGAUCGACCCAUCUGUUGUCUCUGAUUUUUUCAAGGAAUCAGGCGCUCUGAUUUUUUCAAGGAAUCAGGAUAGUACUAAUUUUGAAUUUUUGCAUUAGCUCAAUAACGUGCAUUAAUUUCAUGUUAUUAAAUGGUCUGUUUUACAUUUAAAAAGAUCUGAAAACAUUUUAUACUCAUUUCAUUAGUUGAC